AUGUAUGUGACAUUUUUAUUCUGUUUGCUGUUAACAACUUGCCAUAGUUCAACCUCGACAGUCAGAAGGUUCCCUGAUGACUUCAUUUUUGGUGUCUCCACAGCUGCCUACCAGAUCGAGGGGGGAUGGAAUGAAGACGGUAAAGGCGAAAGUAUCUGGGAUUACAUAACACGUACCAACCCUACUGCCGUCACAGACGUUUCUAAUGGUAACAUCGCUGCUGACUCCUACCACAACUACAAGCGUGAUGUCGAAAUGCUGAGAGAGUUAGGCGUGGACGCCUACAGGUUCUCCCUCUCUUGGUCUCGGAUCCUCCCUACAGGCAUGGCCAAUGAGGUCAACCCAGCUGGCAUCAGUUACUACAACAACCUCAUCAACGAGAUCAUGAAAUAUAACAUCACUCCAAUUGUUGGCAUAUACCAUUGGGAUCUUCCACAAAAGCUUCAGGAGCUUGGAGGCUUCACCAAUCCCCUUAUAGUCACUUGGUUUGAGGACUACGCAAGGGUUGUCUUCAAGAACUUUGGAGACAGGGUCAAGAUCUUCAUCACCUUCAAUGAGCCUAGGGAGAUCUGUCUCGAAGGUUAUGGAUCGACUACUAAAGCCCCCAUCUUGAAUUCCACGGAUGUUGGAACAUAUUUGUGCGCAAAGAAUCUGUUAAUGGCGCAUGCUGCUGCUUAUCACAUUUAUGACAAGGAGUUCAGACCAAGUCAAAAUGGGCAAUGUGGUAUCACGAUCAGUGUUCACGAUUAUGCUCCAGCGACUAAUUCUUCUGAAGAUACGUUUGCUGCUGAGAUAGCGAGACAAGGAGAGUGGGCUCUGUAUGCUGAUCCCAUAUUCUCAGCUGAAGGAGGAUUUCCAAAAGAACUAGCUGACAAAAUUGCUGCAAAGAGUUCUCGGCAGGGCUACCCUCGCUCUCGUCUUCCAGCAUUUACUGAUGAAGAAAAGGCGUUCGUCAGAGGAACUUCAGAUUUUUUUGGAUUAAAUCACUAUACUGGGCACCUAGUAUCAGCUACCACACAUAAGCCUAUAUUCCCAACGCCAUCACUAUGGGACGAUAUGGAUGUUGGAAUGUAUAAAAAUGCAUCUUGGCCUAAAUCUGCUGCGUCUUGGCUUGCGAUGGCACCAAACAGUCUUUACAACGUCAUGCUACAUUUGAAAGCUAGAUUCAACAACCCAGUCAUCUAUGUAACAGAGAAUGGCUGGUGCACUAAACCUCGAAGUAGACUCAUAGAUGAUGACCGAAUCCAAUACUUCAGAGCUGCGUUGGAGAAUGUUCUGGAUGCCCUGGACGCUGGAGUAAAUGUCAAGGGGUAUAUGGCUUGGAGUCUGAUGGAUAACUUUGAGUGGUUGCAGGGUUACACUGAACGCUACGGUCUUUACCAAGUGAACUUCUCACACCCUAUGCGCACACGCACCCCUAAGAAGUCGGCGUUCGUGUACAAGCACAUCAUCAAACAUCGCACCGUGGACUAUGAAUACGAGCCAGAGAGCAUGACCAUGACUAUCGAUGAGGGACAUUGAAUAAAGAAAAUGGUUAAAUAAUGAGAUAAGACCAAUAAAUUUGUUUUUUUUU